AUGAAGAAUGAGAGCCCUAACAAGAAGGACAUCAUCACCUUCAACAUCUCCGGCGCCGUCAAGGGUUCUAGUUGUUCCAGUGCCCCACCACUGGAUACCUGUGUAAGAUGGAGUAUACCUCUUGCUGUUAAGAGGAUUCUGGGGACCUCUGCUCAUCGUAUGGGCCUUUAUUACACCAGCUGGUCUGGCCGUGUCGUCAACAAGUACGACUCCGAUAUAUGGGCUAAGACACUGUCAGUGUAUAAAUACUCAACUCCCCAGAAGGACACCGCGAUCGGCCAAAUGGAGCAAAUCAUCGUCGCCCUGCAAGUUGGCUUAUCUGAGACGACCUCCUACCUCCACAGAGGCACCCUCUGCGAACGAGCCCCAUCCUCCGCAGGGACCGACCCCGAUAGUCUGGGGAAAGAGACCCAGGAAAACGUGAUGUCACUUCCUGAUAUGGAUCCCGGCAUAUUCGAGACCUUUGUCAUCGACUACAUGUACACAGGCAAGAUUCAGAAACAGCCGGACUGGCUGCUGGAGGGCUAUAUAUUCGCUGUUGACUAUCGCGUCCUCGGUCUCCGCGACCAUAUCGUCUGCGAUUUCUAUUGGGCCUACGUCUGGGGAGAUGAAGUCGAGCUACCGGCAUAUCAACUUGUGUCUCGCGCGUUCAAGGCUUUGUCUCCUGAACGUAUGUUAACGACACAGGUGGCAACGGUGUUCACUGUUCUUGACUCUCAGAUGGUCAAGGUGUCCGCCAAAGGCGGCAUCUACAACGCUGCAUUCUCACCUACCUUUGGCAAUGGCGAGGGUGCUCCGGAUGCUGCAGACCACGCCCACGGCAUCACCAUCAAGCUGCAGAAGGAACUGGGCCCGGGCUUCACGAGCGGCCACUGGCUGUCUGCCGACUUCUCCGCCGUCGAUGGAAACCCGUUCACCAACGUUGUCCACCUGGCCGAAGUUCUCGUCAACGGCCGUCUACUUAACUCGUCUGCCUGCCACUCAGUCACCAAUGGUGCCAAUUCUGCACUCCUCUGCACUCCAAGUGGUCUGCCAACCUUUCCGUCGUCGAUGGAAACCCGUUCACCAAUGUUUUCCGCCUUGCCAAAUUCUCCUUUACGGCCAUGA